AUGCUUCGCACUGCUCUCCUUACCUCGACGCUCCUUGCUGUCGCCUAUGCUCAGCAAGUCGGCACCCAGUUGGCCGAGUCUCACCCCUCGCUCUCCUGGCAAAAGUGCACAAAGAGCGGUGGCUGCACCAACGUUGCCGGCUCCAUCGUGCUCGACGCUAACUGGCGCUGGCUCCAUACCACCUCGGGAUAUACCAACUGCUACACCGGUAACAGCUGGGACACCUCGCUCUGCCCCGACCCGACGACCUGCGCCAGCAACUGCGCUCUUGAUGGUGCCAACUACUCUGGUACCUACGGUAUCACCACCUCGGGCAAUUCCUUGACCCUCAAGUUCAAGACUGGCUCCAACGUCGGAUCUCGUGUCUACCUCAUGGCGUCUGAGACCGCCUACCAGAUGUUCAAGCCCCUCAACCAGGAGUUCACCUUUGACGUUGAUGUCUCCGGUAUCGGCUGCGGUAUCAACGGUGCUCUCUACUUCUCCGAGAUGGUUGCCGAUGGUGGUCUCUCGGCCUACCCCGGCAACAAGGCUGGUGCCAAGUACGGAACUGGCUACUGCGAUGCUCAGUGCCCACACGACCUCAAGUUCAUCAACGGAGAGGCCAACGUUCUCGGCUGGACUGGCCAGUCUAACGAUGCCAACUCGGGUGCCGGCAAGUACGGAGCUUGCUGCCCGGAGAUGGACGUCUGGGAGGCCAACAACGUCUCUACCGCCUAUACCCCUCAUCCUUGCGACCACCUUGGUCCUUACCGCUGCUCUAGCUCUACUGAAUGUGGUGAUGGCAGCGACCGCUACAGCGGUAACUGCGACAAGGAUGGAUGCGACUGGAACGCGUACCGCAUGGGUGACACCUCGUUCUAUGGUGCAGGCAAGACCGUCAACACCAACUCGAAGUUCACAGUCGUUACCCAGUUCAUCACCGACACUGGAACUUCGUCUGGCACGCUCAAGGAGAUCCGCCGUCUCUACGUCCAGGGUGGCAAAGUGAUCGCCAACUCGCACGCCAACAUCUCUGGCAUCGACCCCUCGUACGACUCGCUCACUGACCAGUUCUGCGAGGUCCAGAAGACCGUCUUCCAGGACAACAACCAAUUCAAGGCCAAGGGCGGUAUGGCCGCCAUGGGCCAGUCGCUCGCCAACGGUGUCGUCCUCGUCAUGUCCAUCUGGGACGACCACUCAGCCAACAUGCUCUGGCUCGACUCGACCUACCCCGUCGACUCGACCAAGCCCGGUGCGGCCCGUGGUACCUGCCCAACCACGUCUGGUGUUCCCGCCGACGUCGAGGCCAACCAGGCCAACUCCCAGGUCACCUUCUCCAACAUCCGCUUCGGUGACCUCGACUCGACCUACUCUGGCACCGUCACCUCGACCUCCUCGACCAGCCGCAGCCAGUCGAGCUCGUCGACCUCGAGCCGUUCGACUUCGACUUCGAGCCGCUCGACUUCGACCUCUUCAUCCUCGACCCGCUCGUCUUCUUCGAGCCGCUCAUCGUCGACCUCAACCCGCACCAGCACGAGUGCUCAACCCGGCCAGACCCUCUGGGGACAAUGCGGUGGCCAGAACUGGACCGGUCCUACGACCUGCGCCCAGGGUACUUGCAAGUACUCGAACCCCUGGUACAUGCCUCAACUAAAAACCCGGUAUUUCGGUGUUUAUUGCGUGCGCGGCGUGCUUCAGGCAUGGUUCCUCGUCUUGCUGCCGCGUCUCGUUUCUGGAUUCCGGUUCUCCUCUCUUUCUCUCAAUCCGCUCGUUGCCUGCGCUCACAGAUUCGAUCGAAAAGCCGUUCGUUGUAUCUAUGCCGCGGCGUGUACUGAAUACACUCUGCUCAACGACCCCAUCGAGAUUGUGACUCUGAGUGUUCGUUCUCUGGUGCAAAGCUGGAGAUUGAGUUCAGUUCAACUGGCUGGUGAUGACGACUCGAAAGUAAGCGAAUCAAGGGAUGGCACACUUCCAAUUUACUCUGGAGCUCAAAGGCGGACUCGCAAGGUUGCCUCCAAGUUGCCGACCACCACGACCAUAAUUCAGAGACUGCAGUCCGGCUCGCUUCAGAAUCAGAACUAUACGGGUCUAGGAAGAACUAUUAAACGCUAUCAUUUCACCAAAGUAUCUCUGCGGGCCGGCGCCUUCCAUCAGCUCUCCCUAGCCGCCGAAUCACGAUACAACCAACACAUUCCUCUCGCUCGGAUAUCAUAUUUCAACUCAACCAUGCAACAGGCACCGAGCAGCACAAAUGCGACCGCCUUGUCACUUCCCGUUGAACUGUGGAGAAAGAUAUUCCGCUUUUAUCUCGGCCCAUCUCUUUCCAAACCUGUUCAGCACUCCAUUCUCGACUACCGGCGCUUUGUCUUCCUAGAGGUAGAUAAGGCCGUUCACAUGUAUCGAGAAAUGGAGGGCAAAAGGAGCGCUCUACGCCGAGUAUGUCACACGUGGAAGGCGAUAGCGGAUCAGAUGGACGACGUGUUGUUGGUCAGUCAUGUGGACCAAGUUGAGUGGCCACGACGCAGUACACAGGUGGAAGCCAAGGUUGCAUACUAUGGAGAAUACACACACCACCCGUGGUCGCAGUCGAUUACGACGCUCCACUGGACCAAUCGUUACCGUAAAAGGACAGUGCGUAUUCUCCAAACCGGGCCCCAAAUCGUCGAGGAGCCUCCACUAGCACCGAUAACCCAUUUCCACGACAUUGGAUUCCGCUGUCUACCCACUGAUAGGGCUCCAAACAAGCCUGUCCUGUCGCUUGAAUGGUGCCCGGAGAGGAACUUGGAGGAACUUAAGAAGCUGCAUCAUCCACAAUUUACUCACCUUACGGCGCUCUCUUUGACACUCAGACUCCACCGGCCCGAUCAGGAUGUACCUAAAACCCUCACAUUGCCAAACCUUCAGUUCCUCAGCAUCUCGCUUUUGCAACGCGCUCUUGACGCUCUAUCCGCCAUAACAGGGAGCGUCUCUAAUUGGAGAUUCCCCAAACUCUCGCUCCUAGAGGUUUCCUCCGAUCUCGAUGCGGGGCAAAGAGAGCUUUGUGGGCUUGUACAGGCCCACAUGCCUCAAUUAGUAGAGCUCUCUACAUCGGAUCUUGGUGAAAGAUUCCCAAGCCGGGAAGACUGGCGGUGCCUGAGGUUGUUGAGAUGGUGGCAAUUUGGCGGACUCAAUCUUCUAGCUAGCGCGCUCGCCAAUGCUGACGUUCUGUGGGAACCUGAAUCCCUGUCUAUGGGUUCGACACCUCCGAUGAUUCCACACCGAUACAUCACGAUGGCGGUGGCUAGUCCUUCGGGUGGGAAUAAAACACUUGUUCGAGAGAUUUUCGAGAAGCAGCGACAUAUUAUCCCAUAUAUUCAUUUCGCUAUGUCAAAACCCUGGAGAUCAAUGCGAGACAUCCUUAUACCAUACGAGGGUCAUCGCUCCAGUCCCGGGCUUAACGACAUUCGGGACGUGGUGGGAGUACUAGAGGAGUUGAAUGUUGACUUUGUUGACCCUGACGGGUGCGGUACUAGCUCCGACGCAUUUCUCUCUUUCAAAAAGGCUCUCUGGGAGCACUUGAAUCAGCCAGAAUCUACGCCUUUCUUUGAUAAUCAGACAUCGGCGUGGCAAUAA